CCUCUCCGCUCCGCUCGUCCCAUACACAAAUGUAUAUACACACGGACACACGGACAGACACCUGCCCCCCCUCCUCUCUCUGUACACACGACACUUGCCUGAUCAUAUAUCCGAGACGCCUUCAUUGGUAUACGUGUGGCGCGCAUGUGAUAUGCAGAGACAGACAGACAGACAGACAUCCGUGUAGGGUCGGAUGGAUCCAGAUGGAUGCAGCGGACAAACAUCAGCAGGGAGCAGGCAAGGAUGAGAAAGACAUGUGUAUCGACACACACACACACACACCUCUCACACGUAUACAGACAGACAUCGGACAAGAGGAAGGACAGCUCAGGGACUAGGGCAACAGAGAAAAGAGUGACAUCCAUCGGAUGAAUCAAUCGGCGAGUGGGAGAGCGUGCGUGUUGAGCGAGUGAGUAAACUACAUCGGCUUAGAUAUCAGGAUAGCUAGCUACAGGUAGACAGCCCCCAUCGAUGGGUGACUUCAACAAAACGACCCUGCUCUCUCUCUCCCCUGUUGCUUUUUGUGUACACAGCUACAGCAGCAUCCGUAUCGAUACCCUCAUGAGUGGUGAGUGAGUGACUCAGAUCAUCAUCUCUCCAGGAUUCCCCCCCCGCCCGCUCCAAUGCAGACAAAAAUCGUGACCACUCGCAGCAAGCAAGCCAUCCAGACAGACAGAACGUGACAUCAGCCGAUCAAGCAUCACAAAAUUGAAGAAUACACACAUACCCACACACAUAUACGGGCAGACAGACAGACAGACAGACAGCCAGAGAGAGGAACACAGACGGGUAGAGAUACAUGCGCCAGAAGUAGAGGUAGGCAGGGCUCGCGGCCAUCAUACACAUCGAUCGAUCGAUCGACCGACGUUCUCAGAAGGGCAUCCACCUGGAGGUGACGUACUGGAGACUGGCGUCACCUCCUCCGAUCCCCUCCCUGUCCACCACACUGCAAGUCUCCGCGGCAGCCCCUCCACGCUCCCUGCUGCUUCUAUCUGCCGCCACCGAUGCUGCUACGACGUUGUCAUCGCCCCUCUCCUCCUCCUUGGCGCCACUGCUGCUACUGUCGUCUCUUGUCGGGCCAUCCUGGCCCUUCUGCCGCUGCCGACGCACAACGCGGUGCUCCCGAUGGCCAACAACGGAGGGCAUGAGUCGGUGUCGUCUCCCACGGCCAGCGCCGAAUGUUGGGGGAUGGAACGGGGUAAGGGAUGGGGAGGGAGACGGGAAUAUGUCACGCCGGCCAUCGAAUGAGCGAGAGGUCGAACUGUUGUCGUCCUGUUGCCUCGGGCGGUGUGCGAAGACGAACAGGUGUGGGGUCAGGUGGGGGAAGAGCGUGGCGACCAGGCAGUCAAAGACGUGGAAGGCCAGGUUGGUCAGCAGCACGGGGUGGGUCACAAACUCGUACACGUCGAGAAUGCCCUCGACCACCGCCUGGCGGCUGAUGACGCGCUGCGUGACGACCGACUCGGGCACCACACACUGAUGCAAGAUGUCCCUCGCUUGGCCAAGCGACAGCUUCCGCCCCUUGACCGCUGCCCUCUCAUCGGCGGCCGGUGACACCACCGGCGGCCGAAACGUCGCUCCCCUGGGCCACAAGACCUCCUUACACUGGCUCAGCAGGCGCCCGAUAGAGUGCUGAGAAGUCCAUAGGACGAGGUGUCUGCGGACAAGGCGGCUGAUAGGCGCCUUGACGACGGCAGCUAGCAACUGGAAGGCCAGCUGGUGCAGGGUCAGCAGCCGGAUGGUCCGCUGGCUGUCGUUGGCAGACCUCCCAGUGGUGAAAGCGUGGGCGCCGCGUGUGGCUUGCGGGAUGGCGAAGAUCUCCUCCAAAAGGGCGAAGAGGGGGUUGAGGAGAGAGGGGUCUUGCGCCUCCAGCUGGCUCCUGCAGACAGACAGACAGACAGACAGGAAAGGAAGGCAGUCUCUCGAGAUUGAGGUGCGUACGCCUCUGGGCUUACACGUAGGCCGCUUGCCGCGCCAUCAGGGACCUCUCGCGGCGCUUGAGCACACGCUCACGCUGACGGAGACGCUGCAAAGGCAGGCAACAUAGAUCACCCACACAACGAGUGCGCAUAUCACAGUCACCACUUCCCCUCAUGUGCAGUGCAGCCACUCACCUUUCGUCUCCCGAGCUGAUGUCGCGCGUAUCUCAGCUGGUCUCUGGUGUAGGGCGACGGCACGCCAGCCAUCCCGCAUAUGUCCCGAUGGCCGUCAGACGCCGAUGCGCUCCGCACGAGUGAUGGCGGGAAGGACGGCAUGGAGGGCGACAUAUGCAGGGGCUGGUGGGACCGCUGCAGCCUCAACAGCGACUUCUCCUUCUUGUAGAGAAACCUCUCGCGACACGUUAGAGCCCGCUGCCACUCGACCAGCAUCAGCUUCUCCUCCACAUCGUCUACUUGAAGCUCACGAGCCUCCAAAACCUGAAUGAAUUACAGAGGCAGAGAGAGAGUGCGUUCACCGACCGUUCCCGGACCAUGUGUGUCGUGUGUCUCACCCGGAGCCAUUUGGUGAGUAUAUCCGGAUCGCCGUCCUCGAGAUCGUGCACCAGGUCGAAGUCAAAUGACGACGAAGAGCAUGUGAAGCGGCCCCUCGCGUCACCCACACCAACCCCCAGACCGCCCUCCCUCUCCGACGAAGCGGCCGGGUCACUCGUGCUGGUCGACGACACAGACGAAAACGAGUACGAAAGGGGCAUCGUGCCCCUCACUGGUGCGGCCAGCGGCGAGUCGGGGGGCGUGAGGGCUCCGCCCACACGCGACAGAUGGUCGCUCUCAGACAUCGAUCGGUCCAGGGGUAGGGGCGACGUGUGUGGGGGUGUGCCCAUGGGGUCCUCCUUGACACUCCACGUCGACAGCGGCACACCGGUGGGGCUGGCCAAUGGGUUGGCCACAGGGGAUGACGGCGGGGGCGGGGGGAGGGGUGCCUCGGGCGGGCAGCAGGUCAUUGACGAUGCGAUGAUGUGCAGUGGUGGGCUCUCUGGCAGCGUGCUGGCUUCGGAUGACGACGGGUGCGGCCACUGCCGCUUCCCUUGGGGCGUGGGAGCCGACACACUGGGGAAGUCCUGCAUGGUGAUGACGACGAAGCUGCCGUCACUGUCGUAGCCCUCGCUGUAGACACCGCCCACCACCUGCUGCCUCCCGCCGUCAUGAUUCUCCGAACCAGACACGCUACAUGACGAGCACCCCAAGGGGAGCCCACGCAGCGAGUCGCACGCGGGAGACGACACCGACUCCUGCCCUUCGUGGUUGGCCGUGUCCGCCCCCCCUUGCUGCUCGUGCUUGGCGACGUCCUGGCUGGCUACUGGCGACGUGGCCUCAUUGUGAUCCGCCUCAGCCUCAGCCGUUUCUAGCAGUGGCGGCAGGUGGUGUGUGGCGUGUGUGAGGGGAAUGGUGUUGGGCGGCUUGGAACCCAUAGCGAUGCGCACGUCGCUGGGCGUGGCGGAGAGGAACCGCCACAGCUCGGCACACGGAGGGGAGCCGCCAAGCAGGGGAUGACUCAGCAACGCCUGACCCAUACCACAUACACACAAGCAAGGAAUAAGGGGAAAAGCAGGCGACUUCAGUGGAUCUCUGCCUUGCAUACACACCGCACCUGCAUGAAGUCCUCUAGUUCCUGCCCCCUCCUCACGGCCGCCUGCUUCGGGUGCCAAAAUCUCUGCAGCGGAUGUCUCCCAGGCACCCUCAAUCCCCCACGCACGCUUGGAUGUGCCCGCACGAGUGCCGCAUAGAGCCGCUUGAACUCGCUGUACCGUCGCAACACCACCCACUCCUUGCUGCUCGUGUGCACCCGCACGUGGAACUCCACAUGAGGGUCCACAAAACUGCUCACGCGCGUGAAGGCCACCACCGACGCCCGGAAGUCGCGUGAAGGCCAUCGAUGGACGCCGGCGGCCUGCAGCUGUGCGAGGGGAGGUCUGGUCCGCAGCAGCAUGGCGAGCUUCUCUCGCACUUCCUGCAUCCGGAACAGCCGGAGGGACGAAGGGGCGGGUGGCUGUGCCUUGAGUGGGAGGAGCGUCUGGAGCGUGCUCAGGAGGGGAGGGAUGGGGGACGACAGCCGGGGCUGCACGGGGGCUGUCGGACCAGCAGCGGCAGCAGGGGCGUCCGUCGCAUCACCGCCACUCGUCGGCUGAGACGCCGUCCCUGCAGCAGCUGUGGUCGAUGCCGAUGGAGCCCAUGAAGCAAACAGCUGCGUGACGGACCCCAUCCACGAUGCCGACGACGACGAGGCCAGCACCUCCGCCUUGGCCCCCUUGUUGUCUCCCUCUGCCGGCUGGUCGCCGUGCUCGGAACAGGGACACACCUCCGGGCACGUGCAAUCGUCAUGCUCGGGUGUCUGCAUGUCCCAUUCUCCAGCCCUCACGGCCGCCUCAUCGCUCUGCUCGUCGGGCGAGUCGACCAUCGAUGGCAUCGGGAAGAGCGGCGUGGUGGGGGGCGCUGCGGGCGGGGGCAGAGGGGGCACCGCGCUGGCCGGGAAUGCCAUCUCUGACACUGCCCUCGAACGCCGGUCGGGAGAGUUGUUGCUGUGCGUCCAGCAGCCGCUGCUGCUGCCCGUGUCCAUGGCCAUGAAGGAGCCGCCGGCGCCACUGAGGCGCGUGAGGCCCAGCAGUUGGAAUAUGCCGGUGGAGAAGCCCGUGGCUGUGCUUGUGGGGGGCUGGUCGGCGUGGUUGGCAGAGAGGCUGCGAGUGAGGCCUGGGAGGGGUGGGGGAGGGCGGAGCUGCUGCUGCUCCUCCUGCAGGGUGAUCAGGUAGUCCUCCAGAUAUGAACCGUCUGCAGACAAGGGAAUGAACCAACCAUGGCACCGAAUGAAGAAAAGGAAACUCAGGGGUCACUCGCAUUUCCGGAUUUGCUCACCACAUGCAGCGACGAGAGGGAUGACGAUGUUCUGCGCUACUAUCUCGGCGACCAGCUGCUGCACAAGGGGCGAGCACCGCGCGUCGCCCGACAGAGUGCCGCUGACGCUCGAUGCCGAUGACUCCCGAGAAACAACGGGACCGUCACCGCGAAGCAAGUCCCCCACUAUCGACCUGACACACCGAUAUUGACACACGACAGAGCAAGUUGCGACAGAGGGCAGAUGAACCAGUCAUGUGUUUCAUCUGCAGCGUAUCGUGGCGUGGAUUAGAUCCCACCUGCAGACCAGCCGCGCAUAUUCCAGCUGCUCCUCCUCCCCAUACGCAGCCACAUGAAGCCUCCCGGCCCCCUUCACACCCGCGCCGCCCCGCUUGUCUCCCACUGCGGCCCUGUCCCAUUCGGCCACAAUCAGCUCAUCGAUGGUCCGCUGCACGUCGCCGGUGUUGGCUCUCGAUGCCGACGCCACCCGCCUGGCCCGCUGCCUGACAGCUCGGAAGUGGCGGAAGUGCUGGGUGAAGAUCGACAGCGUCUGCCGCAGGAUGAACGACUGGCGGUUGAGCCUUGGGCCGGCCUGGGUCAGAUUGAAGAGGACCGUAUUGAAGACGCCGCCCAGAUGGGACAGGAAGGGGUCACUGCUCCAGGGGCCGUCGUCACGAUCGUUGCCACUGAACCAACGGCACACGACAGACACAGCAGUUCCAGAUAAACAUCUCCACAGGUCUGUUCUCGCGUACGUACCUGUCAGCCCCAUCAGAGUCUUCCCGCUGGUCGUCCAUCGACACCAUCGAGUACCAUGACUCCACAAAGUCCCGCAGCACGAGGGCUUUGAGCGACCGCAGCACCUGACCCAGCUGACCGUAGUCGUCGAGAAAGGUGUCGUCCCGACUGCGACGGAUCAGGUCGUCGUUCACCGGGGCGGCAGGCGGGGUGGCCUUGUCGCUGCUUGGCGUCUGCCGUCGGGCCAGCUUGCGCCUCAGGGCUGCCACAUCAGCAGCAGAUGGCUGGGCGGCUGUCUGUGCCUUGAUGGACGUGAGAGAAACGACGACCAGCAGGGCUGUCGCAUAGAGCGAAGGGGGAAUGAGGCCCGUCAAGGUGACGACCGCAUAGACCAGGGCGCUCCCGCCUCCCACUACGACUACCACGAGUGCCAUUGGCAGCCGAUGCCACAUGCUCAACAGGGUUCUUCGAGACAGCUGCGGUCCCAAGUAUUUGGUCGUGUGAGCAGGCGGCGCCCUCAAGCGGCAGGCGCC